CGGUCGCCAUGGCGCCACUGUCGCCCGACGCGAUCGUUCACGGUCGCUGUUUUCGUUUCGUCUUGCGCGGCGACGAGCAAUUUCCCAGCCUGAGAAAAAUUUAGCCGUUCGCCGGUUUCACCGUAUGUAAGUUCGCCGAUCACCGAUUCACUUCGGCAACCGCAACGUUUAUCGUGUUCGCGCAUUCGUGGCCACGGAGUGUUCAGAAAGCAUUCACGUAAAGACAGGAAGUGAGUAGCUCAUAGAAAAGUAUCCGCGACGAGAGCCAUCUUUGACGAGCAUCGGCUUGCUCGCGAGAGACAGAAGAAACGUCGGGGGCUUGCAUCGACGGCACCACUGCGGCAACGGUGGUGAUGCCGUCGCCGAUGACAACGACAGCGAUGACGAUGACGACGACAAUGACGAUGACUAUAAUGAUGACGAUAACGAUAAAGAUAACAAUAAUUAUAAUCAUAAUCACGUCUGUAAUGACGAUGAGAGAACGGCGCCAAUGCAGCCGGCAACCGGUCUGGAAAAAGAUUUUUCACACUUCGUUAGUAGCAUGAGAUUUGAGAAGAGGCCGCGCGGUGGAUCAUGGCGGGAACAAGUAGUGAUUGUAAGACAAACUUAUACAGAAUGGAAGGAGAUGAUGGCCCUUCAGCCAUCAGUAAUAAACCCAACAUUAUCAAAGCGGCACAAGAGGAAAUGGGAAGAUUAGAUGUGUUGGUAUGUGGACAGUGUCAUUCUGUCUUUCAUUUUAUCGAAGAGUUUCAAGAACAUCGUGCAAAAGAAGGAAUCUGUUCCAAAGUGUCACAUUUUCGUGAAAUCAAUGAUAAUGGACAAAAGGCACAAAUAUGGGCAUUUCUGUUAUGGAAAGAUACACAAGUUCAACAGGAAGGUUCAGACAAGGAGACAUCAUGGACAUUGUAUCAGAAGUGGUGUAAAAUGGAUACACAUGUAAGAGAUACAUGGAUUACUGCAGGGAAAACUAUACAAACCUUUACGAAAAUUAGUAAUGCAAAAAUGCAGAAUACCCCGAUACAAGUUCAAUCGAGUACUAACGCCGAAGGUGCCAAACCAAUGAUAGUUCGUAAAGUAGUGAGAAAUGGACAACCUGAAGAAACGGGAGAAGCUAAAAAAGAUAUUGCGAAAGCACUGGAAACAAAAACGAAUAAAAGUGAAUUGAUGGAAAUUGAGAUGGAUAAGAAAGAAAAACUGAAACCUCGACUGAAACCAUCAAUUAAGCCCAAAAGUAAAUCUGGCAAGGCAGCUACCGAAGAAGAUGCAGAUUUGAGCAAUGAAGAAUAUAUUGUCGAAAAAAUUAUAGCCAAACGUCUUAAUCCAAAAAAGAAGUGCUUGGAAUAUUUAAUUAAAUGGGAAGGCUACUCACAGGAAAACAAUACAUGGGAGUUUGCAGAGGCAGUAACAACAACUUGCAAAGAUAUGUUGGAAGAAUUUGAGCGGAAUCUCGCUAAGCAAAAGGAGCUUAAAGCAGCACAACAGCAGUCUAAUACGAGAAUCAUCGGACGUGCAAGUUUGCCAGUGCAAAAAUCCGUGAUAAAAGUCGAGGCUAGUAAACCUGGACCAAGCACGGCGACUCAAGCGGGACGCCCGAUGCGAUCUAGUAAAUCAAAAGCGAUGGAUCAAGUCAAGCAAUGGUGUGGCUCAAUGAAAGAUGAAGAUCACGAACUAGUAGGUAAAAGGAGAAUCGACGAUUCGGACAGUGAUUCGGAAGGUGGAAACAAUGCUGCAAAGAGAGCAAAAGGUGACACGGGUAGUGACGACGAAUGGACCGGAGAAUCGGAAGACGAAAGACUAAUUGGCCGUAGCGAUAUGAUUCAACGUGCAUUCAAUCGCGCUAAUGCGCAAUCUAAUGGAUCCAACAGAACUUCAGUUUCGUCCACCGAUCUGGCAACGUCAUUAGGGUUACAAUCUCCAGAUGGAGCGAAAUCUACCCAGCCACCUGUUUUAGUGGCUAGCGCUAAGGGAGUUGUUAAAGUCGAUCCUAAACAAAUGCCAAAUUUGGCUUCUGGUCUUUACGUGAUGUCACGAAAAGAUGGCAUCAUCAAAUUGAAUUCAUCCCCCAGUGGAAAAUUAGCGGUUAAAGGAUCCCCAACGACGCAAGGUGUCGUAAUGAUUCGAGAUAAUCGAGAUAACCAACCCAACGUAAUAAGAAAGCAAGUAAUCUCGGCGUCGCAAUCCAAUUCGAUGACUCCAGUAAAAGUUGUUUCGAAGAUAGACGGAAGCCAAGUGUUAACGCAAAUGAAGGUGGUCACGUCUAAGGCCGUUACACCGAAAAUUGGCAGCGUACAAAAGAGCGAGCCUAUAAAGAUACAGCCGAAGCCAGAUCCGUCGCAAUUGCAGCAGAUACAUGUUGUGACUGCAGUGCCGGCACCGAUAACCUUGCAACCGAGAAUAACUACAGGCGUAAGGCCUGCUGGUCCUGUCACGCCUCAGCGAACGGUAGACGGUCGCCCUUUGCUACCUAGACCGACAUUGCGCCCGACGGCGGCAACGAGCGUUCUUGGGACGAUUCGCACACCUGUCCGGGCACCGGCACCGAGGCAGAUUCAAACGACGCAAGUGACGACGCGUCCGAUGUUGCAGAAGCGUACGACUACGGUCGUAAGUACACAGCAAACCGUUUCACCAGUCUCCGCUGGCACGGUAACACAACUCAGGCCAAAAUUUACGGUGCUCGCAACAUCUCAGCAAUCCAAACAGGUGAUAAAAACUAGCCCAGUACAACAGCAACAAUCACAACCACAGCAGCAACAAACGAAACAGUCUCCAAAGACACCAGUGGGUAAGACACAGUCAUUGUUAUCUCCGCAGCAAAAGUUAUUAAUAGCAAAGAGAAAAGCUCAGGAGGCAGCAGGUAUAAUUAAACCGGGUGGUCGUGGACUUUUGGCAGGUGCACGUGCCGUUGCAGGACGAAGUAAGGCGAAAGUAGGUACCGAAAAACCUUCGACGAUAACUCAGGUGGGAACAAAAGCUCCUAAGGAGAGCAAAUUAGCGGAUGGUGAUGGACUUCACAUGGAAUUCCACGAAGUUGGUUCGGAAGAGAGCAGUAGCGAAGGCGAAUCGGAUCUUCCACCUCCUUCCGAGCCAGAUGUUAUUUCUGCUCCAGAACCAGAGAGUCCACCACGACCAUUUACGUUAUGUCCUCUUACAGGACGCAUAAUUGGGCCAGAUGGUGAACCAAUCGAGCAACCAGGCGAAUCUGAACCUGCUACUGGUGAAGCAGCAACAACAACAACAACAAAUUCGAACAUAACAAAAACAGCUGGUGACACGUCUGAAGCUGUGACAACGGACGCCAUUGCAGGUGCGACUGUAACCGUAGUCAACGCCAAUACCAGUACUAUCACCACGACUAUUACCGCCAAUGACACCACUGCUACAACCUCCGUUACUACGACUACUGCUACCGCUGCCGAAUUGGUCUUACCCUCCCUUGAUUCACUCACCGAAAGUGGUGGAAUUAUGAGAGUCGAGAUGAGUCCCGGUGGAACAACUGGUACCAUAGUCCAAGCUAGUGAAACAACACAGAUUAAUUUGUCGAAUGUAACGAUAUCCGCGCCAGAUUUACCUUGCUUAGACGAUACCGCUUCUACAGUAGCGGCGACCGUUACUCCUGUAUCUACAGUAACACCUUUGACGGAAAGCGUCGCUUCUAGCGCCGCUGAAACAUCUAUUACUACGGCAUUGUCAACAGUUCCGACAUCUACCGUUACUAUAUCAGUGACAGAGCAGGCAGACGUCAAGACCGAAGAAAAGAUGUCGGAAGAGAAAAAAGCAACGGACGAUGGUUCCAAUCUGGUUACUAUAGCUGAUCACGGUGUCGUCUAUCAAGUAGCGGGCCAAGCCGAAGAUGGGCAAACUCUCCUCGUAACGCAUGGCGCCGAUGGCGAACAGCAAUGUGUAUACGUCACCACUGAGCAGCAGGGAGACGAUGGAUCAGUUUUGACAUUGGAUCAUGCAGUUGCCGAGGCUGUAGCACAGCUGAUCCCCGAUCAAGUCAAUCUUACGCCACAGUUUUACGUAAAGGAGGAUGGAACAGAACCGACUGAAAAUUCAAUGGUUAUGUCUAUAAUGGAUAAUACGAAUGCGACUGAUGCAACUGGAGCCCAAGACGAUAACGACGGACAGGCACAAGUUAUAGCUCAAGUUGUACAAGCUGAAGAACCCACUCCAGGAGGAACCAGAAGGGUGGUACUUCUCUUACCAGAUGGAAAUUUAAUGAUGACCGAAGUAGAUGAGGAGCAAUACGCUGCUCUAGAACUUGAUAAGUGAAAACUGAUGUCAUAUUUUGCGUAUAUGCUAAUGAAAUACAAAGGCAAUGCAUUGAAGUGCACAUUACGCGCAUAUUGUACGUUUGAAAUGUGAUCGUGAAUUGUAUAUAUGUAAGAACAUUCACUUCGUACAACUGCACAUUGAUGACGUCUUAAUAUUCAAUGACUAAACUAGAUAUUGUAAGCAAACAAAUAGCUGAUAUACUGUAAAAAAAAGCACACACCAAGAAAAAUUGAAAUUUUAGGUUAAAAAAAGAAUGUUUAUACAUACAUACGUUUAUACACAUAUAUGUAUGAUGUGUACGUGUGUUGUGUAGAAGGGAAAGUGAGUGCAUGUGUAUGUGUACACGAAAAAAAAAAA